AUGGAUAGUUUGGGUCAUCAGCUGCAUAUUUUUGUCUUUCCCUACAUGGCUCAUGGCCAUAUGAUUCCAAUAGUGGAUUUGGCCAAGCUAUUUGCUUUGCGAGGCCUAAAGGCUACCAUUAUCACCACUCCUCUCAAUGCACCUCUUAUCUCCAAAACUAUCCAAAGAACUAAAGGUUUGGGUGUCGACAUUGAUAUUCGAACCCUUAAAUUCCCUCCCGUGGAGGCUGGACUACCAGAAGGAUGUGAAAACGUGGAUUCUAUCACUUCCCAUAAUGGUAGUUUCGAAUUGAUUUUCAGGUUUAACAAGGCGACAACCAUGCUCCAAGAACCUCUUGAAAUGCUCCUCCAAGAGUGCCAACCUGAUUGCCUUGUUGCUGAUUUGCUCUUUCCAUGGGCUACCGAUGCUGCUGCCAAAUUUGGGAUUCCAAGAAUCGAGUUAAAGAGUUUUGGGAUCAUUGUCAAUAGCUUCUAUGAGGUCGAGCCGACUUACGUUGAUUAUUACAGGAAGGUCUUAGGCGGAAGGGCAUGGCCUAUUGGCCCGGUUCGCUAUGCAACAGGGAAUUGA